AUGCCGUUCAGCAACGCUUGGAAAAAGUACUGGAUCAUCCCCCAGGAGUCCCUCCGCCCCGAGGACCUCGAGCUCGGGAGCAUCCUGAAGCGACCCGACGAUCCCAUCGACCUCCUUAACAGGCACGCCGUGGAGCCCAUCGAUCCCAAGCUUGUCGUCCAGGAGCGCGAGCAAGUCAGCAAAAGCUUCUCCGACGCCAUGUCCCGCGGGGCCGGGCUCGACGUCGAAGCCUCCUCCGCCCUGGCCGCCGUCCUGGGGGGGGCGCCGACCCUCGGUGCCGCGCGGUCGACCGCCGCGAGCGAGACCAUCGAGGCGACCCGCGUCCGCGCGCGGCACUUCAGCCCGUCCGACGAGUACGCAGCCCGGGCGCUGCUCACGCGCCAGAUAGCCAGCUACGUGGGGCAGUCCUUCUUCACGGCGCCCGUCUUCAUGGUUGUCGGGGUCGCCGUCGCCAGCAAACUCGUGAGGGCGGCCACGGUGUCGCGCGACGCCGGCCUCCGGGGCGGUGCUGCGGUGGGCCCGCCAGGCUCUGGGGUCGAGCUGUCCGCCGCGGUAUAUGCGGGCCGCGCGACCGGGUCGACGUAUGAGGAUUCGGUGGACGGCGACGUCGUCUUGGCGUAUCGCUUGCGGCGGUUCCGGUAUUCCAGGAUGCGCAGCAGGUUCGUCAAGGACAAGCAGGACGGGGUGUUUCACAGGGUAGGCGAGCAUGGCGGCGAGAGUGCGGCCGACUCGGAUGACGAGGGCGAAGACGGCUACCUCCCCGUCUUUUCGUACUUUGAAGACAACGAUGUGUGGAGGGUAGCCGGGACGCAAGGGUUUGCCGAGGUUGGCCAAGAGGAGUCGGAGUCUGAGUCCGAGUCCGAGUCCAGUUGA